AUGGCUUCGCCCGUUUUCCCCAUCGUAUUCUAUACGUUCACAGACAUCUAUGUAAAGCUCACGGAAGACACUCUGCACGGCGUCGAUGAGGCGAAGCUGGGUGCCUUGCUGAUUGACCUCUUCCCGUUCUUGGCCUACCUUCUGCACUGGUUGCCUGGAUGUUCGUCGCUCACAGCCACAGCACGACAUUGGCGGCCUGCCACCAGGAAAGUGCACAACUAUCCAUUUGAUGAUGUGUGGAAGCAAGUGGAAGCAGGGAUCGCUCAACCGUCUUUCCUCUCUUCACAUCUGGAGCAAUUCAAUCUGGAAGAUGCCAAGGAGUAUGAUAUGAAACUAUUAGAUGGCAUCCAUCCUGUCGCCCCUCAGGGCAUCGCUCACCGGACCACUGACGACGAUGUUUACAACGGGAUGUUUAUUCCGAAAGGUUCGGUGAUAAUUCCGAACAUAAUGGCGAUGAGUCGUGAUGAGAUGAUAUACAAAGACUCGGAGGCCUUCAAUCCCGAGCAUUUCCUUAGCGCCUCCAAAGGCCCCGGCGAGCCGUAUCUGGGUGCCAUUUUCAGUUUUGGUCGGCGAAUCUGCCCAGGGAGGCACUUCGCUGAAAAUGGUGUAUGGAUCAUCAUUGCCACCAUCCUCGCGAGCUUUGAUAUCUGCAAGGCUAUUGGCAAGAAUGGGAAGGCCGUGGAGCCAGAUGUAGCAUUCACAAUGGACAGGCUAGCAAGUCAUCCGGAAUCUUUUGAAUGUGUCUUUCGACCGCGCUCGGAGAUGGCGAAGAAGCUCAUUAUGCAGCAGUCUACCUCAGAUGAACUUUGA